GUACUUAUGUAGUUACAACCCGGAAGCAGUCAGGUAUACCCGUGUGACGUCAUUUACAAUUUUAAACAUGGCGGAGUCGGAGGAGGAGGUGGACGUCUUGGUCCAGAGAGUUGUCAAAGACAUCACUAAUGCUUUCAAGAGAAACCCCAACAUUGAUGAGAUCGGUGUGAUCCCGUGCCCAGAGGCUCGCUACAACCGCAGUCCUAUCGUCCUAGUAGAGAACAAGCUGGGUGUUGAGAGCUGGUGUGUUAAAUUCCUGCUGCCGUAUGUGCACAACAAGCUGCUGCUGUACCGCCAGCGCAAACACUGGCUGGAAAGGGACGCUUUAGUGGAUAUCACCUGCACUGUGUUGCUCCUUAACCCGGACUUCACCACCGCUUGGAAUGUCAGGAAGGAACUUUUGCAGUGUGGCGUUCUUAACCCAGAGAAGGACCUCUAUUUGGGCAAGCUGGCCCUCACCAAGUUCCCCAAAAGCCCAGAGACAUGGAUACACAGACGCUGGGUCCUGCAGCAGAUCCUACAUCAGUUCUCUGCUGUAGAUGUCAAGCAGCCGCACCAGGGCGAAGCUGAGCAGGCUGACGCUGAGAGGGGUCAGGAGCUCAGCGAACAUCUGGCCCGAACGCUCCACCAAGAGAUGAAGGUGUGCUCUGAAGCUGCCUGCCGCUAUCCCAGCAACUACAACGCCUGGUCUCACCGGAUCUGGGUUCUACAGCACCUGGCCAAGGGUAACGUCAAGGUUUUCCAUGAUGAGCUGUCCUCUAUGCGUCUGUGGGUGUCCAUGCAUGUGUCCGACCACAGUGGCUUCCACUACCGCCAGUUCUUACUCAAAGAGCUGAUAACUGAGCUCUGGCAGGCUCCAGCCGGUACCACCACCGCUUCAUCCCAGCACCAGUCUAGCACAGGUUCAAGUAGCAGUCCCCUCCACCAGAGCCACAGCCAAGCUAACGGAGAGUCGCCAGGAGCUGAGGCAGCUGCUGAGGAGGAGAGGCAGCUCAGCUUCUCCACACUCAUCCAGCUCUUCUAUGCGGAGAUGGAGCUGUGCUCAGACUUGAUCCAGUCCUUUCCUGGCCAUGAGACCCUCUGGAGUCACAGACGAAAUGUCUUCUACCUGUGGCAGAACUUGAGGAGGGAACCCCAUCAGUGCAGCAGCAACGGCGGCGUGGAGUCUGUCCACCUCAGUGACAGUGACCCCGUCCUGCCAGAGGUCGAGGCUCAGAGCGCUGCAGGCCAAAAGGAAGCUGUGAAUGGACAAAGGAAUGAACCUAUGGAGGUGGACGGGGCGUCGUUGCCGCAUCCACGUGACAGCAAGCGGCUGAAGAGAGGCGUCCCGCUUCCUGCCCCCCCUGCACUGCCCUCAGAGUACAGCUUCGUGAACAGCAUCUUGGACCGAUGCACAAACCCUGACCAGAGACGCUUCGCCCUGGCUUACAAGAAGUGGUUAGACACGGUCAUUGGUCAGCAGCCCUGAGAAUCCAGCCACGUCCUGUACACGACGCCUCUAGGUAAAGGUUUAGGGUAACGUCACCACCGGUGCACCAACCACAGAGUCCCAGCCUCACCCUCUCAUUCUUUAGGACCGUCUCCAUUCUCUGAAGCUUCAUCUGAGCCAGCCCCCUUCAGAACGCCAGUCUGCUCUCAGACUCCGGCUCGCUUCGCGUCUACUGCGCGUUCUGCUCUUAUUUCGGGCGUCUCUGUGCCUCAGAUCAGAUUUUCCUUUUUUUCCAUUUGGUAAAUAAACCCAACACUUUCGCAAGAGGGAAAACAGCGUGAAAGAAACCCUGAAUGUGACAAAGCUCACACAGCUGGUCAUAAACACAUGUAUGUAAAUGUUGAACUGGAUUCAUUGUUACACACUACACCGGCCCUUUGACAUUAAGAAUCCUGUGUUCGCCUUGGUAGAUUUUCUUUUUUCAGUUCUACAUCAUCCCUCUUUGGAUGAUUGUGUUGCGAAGGCUAAUUGAAGCACAAUCACUCGUUUCUUUUUCUUUGCGCUUCGUCAGGUUUCCAUCCUGAAGCGUUGGCCUUCGUUAGCGCUGUUUCUCGGCCGUCUGUGGACCUUUGGUUGCUGCUGCUUAGCACUAACUAUGUAGCGCUAGGUGCUAGGUGACUGUAGCUUACAGCGAUGCUAGAGCCCUAAAAGUUAACGUCUGGCUGCAGAAAGGUUGUUUUCUAAGUGCAGUUAGUUGGCCUCAGUUUUAUAUUGUGUCUAUCAGAAUCAGCUGCACGGACACUAGGAUAACAACGUUCUCUGGUGCUAACGCUGCCAUGACUACAACAGGUUCAUCUGUUACAGGUGUGUAGUGUACAACAGGCGCAAACUCAACAGCACUUUGGACUAUUUUCUAAUGACAGUAGUUGUUGCUGAAUGACAAUAUGACACCUGUUUUUGAAAUAUUAGCCGUCAUACAGACAAUUUAAAAUGUCCAUGCUCGCGUGUCCUACCAAACGUUUGUUUCAUCGUUCUUCCAUGAGACUCUGUCCAUGUUCAUGAAAUAAAUUCCCAACCACUACAGCACAAGAUAUUUGAAGUAGAGCCCUUUGUAUUUUUAAUAACGACUUACUACAGCUGCAGCAGAGCAGGUACUAUUUAUUUCAGAACUAGGUUUGCCUCUUUCCAUUGAGUCAUGACUUAGUUGAGCCGAGGUCUCAUCACCUUGUUAUAGCGUUAAUAGGUCAAAAUGAGUAGCUCUGCUUUAGUUGGUGUCGUGUGGAGGAUGGAGGCCUUUGCCUUUAUCUACACGUUCUCAUCUAUACUUUAAUCUACCAAAUCUGCUCAUCUCAUACACACGAUGGGCUGCAGUCCGGAGGGAAGGAAGGUUGUUGUUACUAUCUGGGAGCCUGCAUCGGUUUGUGCAGCCUGUGUGCAGUGAGUACAGGCUGGCUAGCUCCAGUCGUACUGUGCUUCCUCGUUUUCUACUGGAACCUAAAGCGUUGUAUAGAAGAGUUACAAGAUGCUUUACCGCCUCUGAUCACUGUGUACAUGAACGUAGAUAAUCUUGAAACUAAUAUUUUGAGCCAUUCUUUAGGUUUUUUCGUUGAUGAGGUGCAUAUCACACUUUAACAUCCUUGAAGACCUAGAACACAGAACUUUUAAUACAAGACUAUCUAUGCAGAAAUGUUUUUAAAGGUUCAACAAGCUUUUAAAAAUGUAGCUUCUCCUGUUAAUUUAUUCUUUAUUCUACUUGACUUCAUGGGGGCCUGCAGUAUGUCCUCAAUAAAUAAUCCUACCAUCUUGUAAUUUUUAUUUAUUUAUAGAGGUAAAGUAUUUUAUGGUCACUUUCAGUGUUUUGUCAUCUGCUUCCAAGAUAAUAAAGCUCAUCUGGGAUAAAG